AGGCCCUGGGAGGAGUCUGUAACUUCAGUUAUUUCCAGGGUUACAUGCCUCUUCUAUCACUCAAGAAGGGAUUUUGCUGGAGUGAAGGUGAAGGAUUUUAACACAGCCUUAGGAGUCUCCCACCAGUUUCGGACCUACUAUUUGUCUUCUCCAACAGCUAAAAUGGUUGAGGCAUUCUGUGCUACUUGGAAGCUGAUUGACAGCCAAAACUUUGAUGAAUACAUGAAGGCACUGGGUGUUGGCUAUGCUACUCGCCAAGUGGGAAAUGUCACCAAACCAACGGUGAUCAUCAGCCAGGAGGGAGACAAAGUGGUGAUAAAGACCCAGAGCACUUUCAAGAACACAGAAAUCAGUUUCAAACUGGGAGAGGAGUUUGAUGAAUGUACAGCAGAUGAUAGGAAUUGCAAAUCUGUGGUGUCCAUGGAUGGAGACAAAUUAGUCCAUGUGCAGAAGUGGGAUGGCAAAGAAACAAACUUUGUUAGAGAAAUUAAAGAUGGAAAAAUGGUCAUGACCCUCACCUUUGGUGAUAUUGUUUCUGUUCGCCAAUACGAAAAGGCAUAGAAUUUUUGGAUCUCUUGAGUUUUUUAUACUUCGGGAUGAAAUGAAGAGCUGUCUUCAGCUGACUACAUCUGAAAUGAAAGUCAUGGAAAGAAAAUGAAGUGCUAGUUAGUGUUUCAACUGCAUGCCACCAAAUUCACAAAAUUUUGCUUUGUAAAUUGUUGCAAGUAAAACUUUUCAAUAAAUUCCUGAAAUUCUUA